AUGGACCCCAUCGAAUCCUCCGAGGAAUACAAAAUCCUACACACCCUCGUCCACUACCCCGAAGCCCGCGUCGCCGGCUACGUCAACCAACUCAUCGACCAAUGCCACAUGGCGAUGGCAAUCCACGCGCCGCGCCUCGAGCACGGCGUCGGCUGCGUCGACGCGAACCUCUUCCUCGCGCUGACAGAGCUGGUCCAAGUUCUGGACCCGUCCAAGCAUGAUAAACUCGUGCAGUUCGUGCAUGAGUUGGAGAAAAGAACUGUCUUGCAUCCCGAUACGGGAAAGGUGUUAGAGUUCCAGGGCAGUGCAUUUUUCACAGAUUUACCUGGCCUCGGGUGGAGUGAGCUGGAGGCUUGGGAUAUGAGAGGCGGGAGUUGGCAUGACGUCACGGACCCAGACAUGGACCCCAAGGAGCAAGACCGCUGGGUGAAUCUGAACGCCUUCGUCGCGCAACUCACCCAAGCGUCUGAGCUGCGCGAGCCAUUCCAUGACCCUUUACAAGUCCACCGGACGGAUCGAUCCCUGCGCGCGAUCUGGGUCAUGGUGGAAGCGCUGGAGAACAGCAGACGGCCGCUCCGCGAGCUGGUCAAGUCCGCCGCCGUCCGCGCCGCCUGUAUGUGGUUCAUCUACGCGGCGGACCGGCUCCUGACGAAGGUUGACAUUCAAGUCCGAUAUCCUGAGCAUUUCGGCGCCGAGCCCGGGUCCAGGUACCCUGAGAAGAAGUGGACAGGGCACGAGCUGGACCGGUGGAUGGAGUGGAUGCAGAAUCUGGGGGGGUUGAAGAAUGGGUGUGUGGAGCCGAGGACGUUGGGUUUGUUGAUGAAGGCGCAGGAUCGGAUGUUUGAGGUUAUGAUUCAGAGUCCGCCGUGUGAUGUCCAUAUUGAUUUGAAAGGGGGGAAGCCUGUGAUUUUGCUGCCGAGGGAUAGCGUGGAUUGAGGGAAAUUGUGUGUCUGGACCCCACGGAACAAGCCGUGGUCUGUUUGAUUGUUGAUUUCGUAGGUACGGAGUACAUAGACCGAGGGAAGGCUGGCAUGGAUUUG